AUGCCCGCCCUCCUCGAAGACCCCGCUACUAAACUCCCCCCACCAACCGCCCACGCCUCAAGCGCCCCCCUCCUCCGUCCGCGCAAAGCCCUCCUCAAAGACCAAUCCCCCGUAACCCUCUACCCAGUGUCGCAGGGUCCCAAGACCGUCCCCGCAGGCCUCAUCGACCUCCUCCACCGCGAGUUCAGCGCCGAGAUCGAGCGCGGAUGCACCUAUCCCAUGGAGACGCCCAUGGGGCGCGACCAGUUCGCCGACUACUGGUUCGGGACGUUUGCGGUUGUCGCGAUCCUCGGAAAUGAGGAGGGAUUGCCGGAGGAUCGCGAUUGGGAGAAGGAUUGCUUGGGAACGUUCUAUGUCAAGCCGAAUUAUCCGGGCCGCUGUUCGCAUGUGUGUAAUGCGGGUUUCUUGACCACAACGGCGGCGCGCAAUCGUGGCGUCGGCAUGGUCAUGGGAGAGGCAUAUCUCGACUAUGCGCCUAAGCUGGGCUACAAAUACUCCGUAUUCAACCUGGUCUUCGAGAACAACGUCGCCUCUGUCAAGAUCUGGGAAAAACUCGGCUUCCAGGUGAUCGGCCGGGUGCCAGGCGCCGCUCGCUUGGCCAACAGCGCCGACCCCGUCGAUGCCUUAAUCAUUGGAAAGCAACUCGUCUAA